AUGAAGAAGUUUAAUUUCCGAAAAGUUUUGGAUGGCUUAACUGCCUCUUCCCCUGGCAGUGGUAGCAGCAGUGGCAGUAACAGUGGAGGGGCUGGAAGUGGCUCUGUCCAUCCAGGAGGGACUGCAGGGCUUCCGAGAGAGGAAAUUCAGGAAAGCCUGACUUCAGAGUAUUUCCAGAUCUGCAAGACAGUUCGGCAUGGUUUUCCUUAUCAGCCCACAGCAUUGGCCUUUGAUCCGGUCCAGAAAAUCUUGGCUAUUGGAACAAGAACAGGUGCUAUAAGAAUACUUGGGAGGCCUGGUGUUGACUGUUACUGCCAACAUGAAAGCGGUGCAGCUGUCUUGCAGCUCCAAUUCCUCAUCAAUGAGGGCGCUUUGGUCAGUGCAAGUUCAGAUGACACGCUUCAUUUGUGGAAUCUGAGACAGAAAAGGCCAGCCAUUCUCCAUUCUCUUAAGUUUAACAGAGAACGAAUUACUUACUGUCAUCUACCUUUCCAGAGUAAAUGGCUCUAUGUUGGAACAGAAAGAGGAAAUACACAUAUUGUAAAUAUUGAAUCGUUCAUUCUUUCUGGAUAUGUCAUCAUGUGGAACAAGGCAAUUGAACUCUCCACCAAGACUCAUCCAGGCCCAGUUGUCCAUUUAAGUGAUAGCCCAAGAGAUGAAGGAAAACUAUUAAUAGGUUAUGAAAACGGCACUGUGGUAUUCUGGGACUUGAAAUCUAAGAGAGCAGAACUGAGAGUUUAUUAUGAUGAGGCUAUUCAUUCAAUUGAUUGGCAUCAUGAGGGCAAACAAUUCAUGUGCAGCCACUCAGAUGGUAGCUUGACUUUAUGGAACCUGAAAAGCCCAAGUCGGCCUUUCCAAACCACAGUUCCACAUGGAAAAAGUCAAAGAGAAGGAAGAAAGUCUGAGUCUUGUAAACCUAUUCUUAAAGUAGAAUACAAAACGUGCAGGAACAGUGAACCAUUUAUAAUAUUCUCUGGUGGGUUGUCAUAUGACAAAGCUUGUAGAAGACCAAGUUUAACCAUCAUGCAUGGAAAAGCAAUUACAGUACUUGAAAUGGAUCAUCCUAUUGUCGAAUUUCUAACUUUAUGUGAAACGCCCUAUCCAAAUGAAUUUCAAGAACCCUAUGCUGUGGCUGUACUUCUAGAGAAAGAUCUCAUCGUAGUUGAUCUGACACAAACCAAUUUUCCAAUCUUUGAAAAUCCAUAUCCAAUGGACAUUCAUGAGUCACCAGUCACAUGCAGCUAUUUUGCCGAUUGUCCUCCAGAUUUGAUUCUAGUACUCUAUUCUAUAGGAGUCAAGCACAAAAAACAAGGAUACAGUAAUAAGGAAUGGCCAGUCAGUGGAGGAGCUUGGAACCUUGGAGCACAAACCUAUCCAGAAAUUAUUAUUACUGGUCAUGCUGAUGGAACAAUAAAAUUUUGGGAUGCUUCAGCAAUGACACUACAGAUGUUGUACAAGCUAAAAACUUCCAAAGUAUUUGAAAAGCAGAAGGCAGGAGACGGCAAACAGACAUGUGAGAUUGUAGAGGAAGAUCCUUUUGCUGUUCAGAUGAUUUACUGGUGUCCAGAGAGCAGAAUAUUUUGUGUAUCUGGAGUCUCUGCAUAUGUCAUAAUUUAUAAAUUCAGCAGACAUGAAAUCACAACAGAAAUAGUGUCAUUAGAGGUACGACUUCAGUGCGAUGUUGAAGACAUUAUUACUCCCGAGCCAGAAACAAGUCCUCCAUUUCCAGAUCUCUCCUCUCAACUUCCUUCUUCAAGGAGUCUUUCUGGAAGUACUAAUACUGUGUCUAGUGAAGGAGUGACAAAGGACAGCAUCCCAUGCCUCAGUGUUAAAGCACGGCCAGUGCGAAUGCCGCCAGGCUAUCAAGCAGAUCUUGUGAUUCAGCUGGUGUGGGUAGAUGGUGAGCCUCCUCAGCAAAUUACCAGCCUUGCUAUAAGCUCAGCAUAUGGAAUAGUUGCAUUUGGAAACUGCACUGGGUUGGUUGUGGUGGAUUUCAUACAGAAGACAGUACUGUUAAGCAUGGGGACCAUUGACCUCUAUAGAUCAAGUGACCUCUACCAGCGCCAGCCCCGGUCUCCUCGAAAAAACAGGCAGUUCAUUGCAGACAACUUUUGCAUGCGUGGGCUGUCUAACUUUUAUCCUGAUUUAACGAAACGGAUCCGUACUUCCUAUCAGAGCUUAACAGAGCUGAAUGACAGUCCAGUUCCCCUGGAACUUGAGCGCUGCAAGUCCCCCACCUCAGACCAUGUAAAUGGACACUGCACAAGUCCAACCUCUCAGAGUUGCAGUUCUGGAAAACGUCUUUCCAGUGCUGAUGUUUCAAAAGUAAAUCGCUGGGGUCCUGGAAGACCACCAUUUAGAAAGGCACAGUCAGCUGCUUGCAUGGAGAUUUCUUUACCAGUUACAACUGAAGAAACCCGAGAGAAUUCCUAUAGCCGCUCCAGGAGCUCUAGCAUCUCCAGUAUUGACAAAGAUUCUAAAGAAGCGAUUACAGCUUUAUACUUCAUGGAGUCCUUUGCACGGAAGAAUGACUCUACCAUUUCCCCUUGUCUGUUUGUUGGAACUAGUCUGGGAAUGGUAGUACUUAUCUCCUUAAACCUGCCAUCAUCAGAUGAACAAAGGUUUACAGACCCGGUGGUGGUAUUACCAAGUGGUACAUUCCUGUCACUGAAAGGAGGUGUGCUAACAUUCUCCUGCAUGGACAGAACUGGCAGUUUAAUGCAGCCUCCGUAUGAGGUAUGGAGGGAUCCAAACAACACAGAGGAAAAUGAAAAAACCUGGAAAAGGAAACUGGUCAUGAACUAUUCGUCUCCAUCCCAAGAAGUGGGAGAGCACCAGUAUACGAUAAUCUGCUCAGAAAAACAAGCCAAAGUCUUCUCACUGCCUUCCCAGACCUGCCUUUAUGUUCACAACAUCACAGAGACGUCAUUCAUAUUGCAAGCAGAUGUGGUGGUCAUGUGCAAUAGCGCCUGCCUGGCCUGCUUUUGUGCGAAUGGGCAUAUCAUGAUAAUGAGCUUACCUAGUCUUCGACCAAUGUUGGAUGUUAAUUAUUUGCCACUGACAGACAUGAGAAUAGCACGGACAUUUUGUUUUACUAAUGAAGGACAGGCAUUAUACCUCGUCUCUCCUACUGAAAUUCAACGGUUAACAUAUAGCCAAGAAAUGUGUGAUAAUAUUCAGGACAUGUUAGGCGAUUUGUUUACUCCCAUAGAGACACCAGAAGCCCAAAAUAGAGGCUUUCUCAAGGGACUAUUUGGUGGAAGUGGACAGACAUUUGACAGAGAAGAACUCUUUGGGGAAGCCUCGGCAGGAAAAGCAUCCCGCAGCCUUGCACAGCACAUCCCGGGACCGGGUAGCAUAGAAGGAGUGAAGGGUGCUGCUGGCGGGGUGAUGGGAGAGCUGACCAGAGCCCGGCUUGCACUUGAUGAGAGAGGGCAGCGUCUGGGCGAGCUGGAAGAGAAGACCGCAGGCAUGAUGACCAGUGCAGAAGCGUUUUCCAAGCACGCACACGAGCUAAUGCUGAAAUAUAAGGAUAAGAAAUGGUACCAGUUCUAA